UUUUUCUGGUUUUUAUGUUCGUUUUUUUUUGAUAGAAGAAAAAAAAUUAACAAAAAAUAAGCAAAAAAUUUACAAGAAAGCUGGUGGAUGGUACGACGAAAGAUGUUACUUUUUUGGAUGUUUUUUGGAUGGUUUUUGGAUGUUUUUUGGAUGAAGGGGUACCGGAACUUGCAAAAGAAAAAGCAGCUUUUCGAUAAAAAUGAUAUUCAAGGUUAUGAAAGUUGGAUCAUUUAAAGAGUGAAAUUUACACGAUAAAAUUCAUUUUAAAAUUAAUCGAAAAUAACAAGACAAAAGCGAUUUCCCUUAACAUUCCCCACAAAAACUAUUCACUAAAAAUGUUUCCAAAAUGCCAACAUUCAACUUUUAAACCAAUUUCUACAUUAUUACUCUUUCUCACAAUAUUUCUAUUCCUAGAAUCAGUAACUCCUCUUGGAUUCGGAGGAAUUUUAGGCGGAACAGGCGGAGGAGCCUGCUCAACUUCAAGCUGUAAUUGCCAACCUGUAGCACAACAAGCACCACCACCCGUUCCUGUAUGCUCUCCACAACUUCCCCCACCUCCAGCUCCUUUAUGUGCCCCAGCAUUUCCUGCUCUACCUACGUUACCUCCACUUCAGCCUUUGCAAUUUCCACAACUUCAAUUGCCUACAUUCGGUAAUAGUUUUGGUUGCUCGUCGUGUUCCUCAAAUGUUGCGGCCGCUCCUCUACCACCACCUCCCCCUCCCCCUCCUCCUGCACCCUUGUGUUCAUCCGGCUGUUGUGGCUCAAGUAGUGCCAAUUGUAAUCCUCCAAAUAACAAUCAGGCAGCUUAUGCCAACAAUAACCGUCACAAUAACAACAAUAAUAAUCAAGGAGGAUAUUCAGAAAAAUUUUAGAAAAUAGGAAAG